AUGGCGAAAUUCUACCGUUUACUUCGGCUGAAAGCGCACAUCAAAUUGGACAACCCAACAUGGGCGACCACAGAUCCUACAUCAACUCCGACCAUCUUUCACUCAAGAACUCAGCAAUGCAAACCAAAGAGCACCUUUGAACCACCACAUGUUCACGACGCAGUGGAGACCUAUAUCUCUUUCGUCAAAACCGACCUAUUGGAACUGGAGAAAAAGGGAGCAUCCAUAAAGGUGAGGCACAACCUGAGGAAAUCCUUUAUUCUGGACACCACAGACUUCAUUAAUAAGACUAAAGGCCUAGAUAUCCACGGAACUGACUUUACUCUGGUUACCAUGGAUGUCUCCAGUUUAUAUACAAACAUCCCCACGGAAGAUGGCAUUCGGACGGUCAUGGAGGUCCUGGGAUCACUAGAAGAUCUACAGAUUUUCCAUGGGGACCUGAACGCAGCGGUGGGAUCCAUUGCCCUCUCCCUUGAGACCAGCCAAACUGGAAUCCCGUUCCUAGACGUCCUCCUUCAGAUGGCAAGCCCCGAUGCCUCUGCAAGGCAUCAGGCUGCCUUCUCAGCCAUCGAGUCCCCGUCACCGCAGCACGGAGACCAGAUGAAGAUGUGGAGGGAGCCCUUACCCUUCACAAGCCCCAUGUAUGCCACGAGUCUGUUCUGUCCCUCUGGAUUUGGGCUGAAGAUAGGAUCAGUACAUCCUUUCCAAGGGCUGUUUCGACCAUUUGUGGGGCAGCCCUGUCAGUCCUGUAAUCCAAACAGUUUGAUGAACUUCUUCUAUAAGAGACACACAGAGAUGAAAUUUCGCAACGCCUUGCAUAUAACAGAGGAGGACACUCGGUAUCGUGGCUGGUUAGUCCGGAGAUUAUGUCAUGUCCUGUUUGUAUGGGAAAGGCCAGCAGGUCAAGACCUGUCCGUAGAAUGGUCAGAGAAGAUAUGGAAACAUCCCAGAAUUCAAUCAGCUAUAAAGAAAGAAAAAGACGAUAAUGAUAAACCUACUGUUUCUGCAAGUAGUGAAAGCCGUAAGGAGGUGCUGAGGAAUUUGGAACACAUUCAGAAGCCUCUGUCUCCGAGGUUGUUAAGAAUAACAUGGUGGAUACUUGUGAAGUUACUUAAUCGGUUAUAUUUGAAUCUUCAGAUCCAGUGUGGACAGCUGGCCACACUGAAAGAAGUAUCUGAUGCGCAUCCAAAAACACCACUUGUCUUGCUGUCCACUCAUCCAUCAUGGCUGGAUUUCUUUGUUGUACCUUUCAUCUUAUUCUCCCAAAAUCUUCGAUUGCCCCGUGUUGUCUGGGACAAGACAGACUGUUCACCAUUGAUCAGGUGGUUCCUGCAGAAAUUGGGCGUUGUCUUUAUUCCACCAAAUGGAUCCUCCAAACAUCUCGGGGAAGCUGUUCUUUCUGUGUAUAUUGAGACACUGCUUACAGAAGGGCAACAUGUGCUGGUGUUUUUGGAGUCCACCUCCUCUCUAAAUUGUCGCAAAGUGUCUCCUGUAGCUCAGGAAUGGGUUCUGCAGAUGAUAUCAGCUGUGCGGUCUGGAGUAGUUUCAGACAUCCUUAUUGCACCUGUGGGUAUAUCCUAUGACACGUGUCCAGAAUCUUCUGGCACCGGUAGAGAGCUGGCAUCUUUUCUGGGAUUGUUGCGAUUCCUCACGUCUGCGUUUUGUCCCUGGUCCAGCUCUCUGGGUUGUGCACGUGUGGAUUUUGCUCAGCCGCUUUCACUAGAGGAGUACAUCAUCAACUAUACCCUGAGACAUUCUGCUCUGGUCCCCUGCCUAAAGAAGACUCUGCUGCCUCAAAUUCUGGCUACAAGGAAUAGCAUGUUUGAUGAGAUGGCACUGGAAAGUAAUCUGGAAGCACCUGAUGAACGAGAGGAAGCCUUAGUUGAUGGAUUCCUGCUGCAUUCAUUGAGAGCUGCCGUGUCUUGUACAGCGGUAAUGUCUUCCCACAUUGUUUCAGCGCUUCUGCUCCAUAAAUAUAAAGAGGGUGUCUCCCUGUCAAGACUUCUUUGUGAAUUCCCUGAGAUGAUAAGAGAUAUUCUACAUCAUGGGUUUGAUGUUGGUUUUACCGGUCAGCGAUGGGAUAUUCUCCGUCACAGUUUAUACCUUCUCCGCCACAGCAUUGUGCUUUAUUCUGUCCCCUCGGAGGAUGUAUUUGUUCUUCAUAGAGAAUCGGCGGAUAGUCUAAGAGCACUAGCCGUAAAGAGCUCUUCCCUGCUGCCCAUCUUCUUGUAUGAAGCUGUAGGAGCUUGCGUCAUUCGCGCCCUCCUGGCUCAGAUACCCAGCCUGUGUUUGGUGGAGAUGGUGGAGGUUUUAUUUGCCGAGGAUGAGAUCAUUAAUUUGAUAAUGUGCCUCUGCUCCUUCCUACAUAGAGAUAUAUUGCUCCAGCCGCCGUGUCAGAGUGUCCAUCUGCUGUGCCAUGAUAUCUUGGAGAAGCUAGUUUACUGUGGUCUUCUCUCUAUGUAUGAGGAUCCAAGCGCACCUCAAGCCUGUGACACAAGGAGAACGUGUUUCAUGGACCAACUAAUGUGGAAAGACUUGGAUGACCUGUCAGACAGUGACAGCAUAGGAGAAAAGAUCAAACGCCACUAUAAGCUGUGCCGAUCCCCUCACCUCGCAGAUAUCUUUGUCUUCCUUUGUAACCUCUUGAACCCAGUGCUGAAGACCUAUGAGAGAGCAGCGUUAUUCCUGCAGGAACGUGGGAUGUGUGGAGAUGAGCUCGAGACGGACUAUGUUACCCGGCUGCACCAGUAUCUGCUGCAGAAGGCCGAUGAGGACUGCUCUUACGAGUGUGCGGAGCGUUCCCUGGCUGCCUGCGCUGUCAGAACAUUCAUAGAUCUCGGAGUGUUUGAGCGUUCAUCGAGCUGCCACGGAUCAAUUCUCCACCUCUCAGAGACCUUUCUACUGGAGGAAAACUGCACGAAACUGACGUCAUUCAUCCAGCAGUUUAUAUAUAGACGAUGA